AUGGGGCAUACGGACGCGACGGUGUGCUGGGGUACGAUGGUGAACAGCGACGCGAGGUGUACGGGCGCUGGUGCAGGGAAGGACAGGCGGCUAGACCUGUUAUUAUCAUCUCCCGAACGCUUGGUUGGUGAUCGUGAGAACAUAAUGAGGGAAUACGCUAGUACUCCAAUGUUGAUUCCCGAACACUUAGUCAGUGAUCGUGUGCCCGUAAUGAAAGAAUACGCUAGGAUUCCAGUGCCCACUCCCGAACACUUGGCCGGUGAUAGGGUGCACAUUCCGAUGGAAUUCGCAGGGAUUCCACCAAAAUCUUGGAUUUAUAGACACUUGGCUAAUAAAUCAGGUGUACACUCUGAUGGAAUUCGCUGGGACUCCAUCAAAAUCUGGGAUUUAGAGAAACUUGGCUAA